AAAUGCAUCGGGAGGAGGUUCCAUUUUUGUACCUCCACUUACUUGCUGGGCUACGAACUGUGUAUCAUUACCCAAGUCUCCAAAUCUCCAUACACAUUAUGCUUAGUUUUUGUAAAAGGAUAGAAUCUUUAGCUGUCUCCAUUCAUCUUAUCUUCAUCAAUUCCCGUGAGCCCUUUAUUGUAUUGUUUCACCAUCCAUCUGCAUUGUCCGCGAAAAUGCUCCGAAAGCCGCCUCAGAUUGCCCCGUUUUAAAGUUCAUGCACCAUAUCACCUAUAUAUACCCUCUCUAUCGCUCACUCUCUCCCCACCCAGAUCCUCUUUCUCUCUCUGACUAUAUAUCAAUAUGAAUUCGUUGCCUCUUGCUCUUGCUCUUCUUCAGCUAAGCUUCAUCAAUGGCUGUUUUGGAGCCAGAAAACUCUUUGCCCUUUACCAACCGCCACCGAUGGCUUUAACCUACCAUAAUGGAGCGUUGCUUGAAGGCGAUCUCCAUGUUUCUAUUCUCUGGUACGGAAAAUUCUCUGCUGCCCAGAAAUCCAUUGUCGUUGACUUUCUUCUCUCCCUCAACCCUCAUGAAGAGCCAGACCCGAAGAGAGAUCCAUCGAUUUCUCAGUGGUGGAAAACCGUUAACAGUUACGUGAAGAAAACUGGGAAGAAGGACAUUCGUGUAAAGCUGGUCGAUCAAAUCGCCGAUGAGAGCUGUUCAAUCGGCAAAACCCUGAAAAGGUCGCAGAUUUCGGACUUGGGGAGGCAGGCUGACCCGGGACCCGGAGGGUUAGCCCUGGUUCUCACGGCGGAGGACGUGAAUGUGGAGGGAUUUUGCAUGAGCUGCGGGUUUCACGGGUCGGAGGCCCGGGACAGGCGGGUCUUCGUCUGGGUCGGGAACUCGGCUACUCAGUGUCCAGGUCAAUGCGCGUGGCCGUUUCACCAACCCGUUUACGGUCCGCAGAGCCCGCCAGUGGGCGCCCCGAACGGGGAUGUGGGAAUCGAUGGAAUGGUCCUAAACGUGGCUAGCUUAUUGGCAGGAGCUGUGACGAACCCGUUUGGGAACGGGUACUUCCAGGGAUCGGCUGGCGCGCCUCUGGAAGCGGCUUCGGCUUGCGCCGGGGUGUACGGGAAGGGCGCGUAUCCGGGUUACGCCGGCGAGCUGCUUGUAGACUCGGCGACGGGGGCGAGCUAUAAUGCGCAGGGUGCGAACGGCAGGAAAUAUCUCUUGCCUGCACUUGUUGAUCCAAACACAUCUCAGUGUUCAACUUUAGUUUGAUUUGAUAAUAUGUUCGUAAAAUUUCUAUGUACAUAAUUCCAAAUAAAUAAAAAUACAAAAAAAAGUUUUUAUUUC